AUGGUCAACCAAAGCACUGUGACCGAGUUCCUUCUCCAGGGAUUCUCUGACGUUCAGGAGUUGCAGAUUUUACACUUCUUGGUGUUUCUAGUGAUUUAUCUGGCAGCCCUGGUGGGCAAUCUUCUCAUCAUCACAGCCAUAGCCAUUGACCACCACCUUCACACCCUCAUGUACUUCUUCCUGUGCAACUUGUCCUUCCUAGAUGUCUGCUACAUCUCCGUCACUGUCCCCAGGUCCAUGGUGAACUCCUUAAACAACACCAGGCUGAUCUCUUUCUUUGGCUGUGCUGCCCAACUGUAUUUUGGCAUCACCUUUGCUUUUGCAGAGGUGACCCUUCUCACUGCAAUGGCAUAUGACCGCUACGUUGCAAUCUGCCAUCCUUUGUGUUACAGGGUCAUCAUCACCAGAGGGGCAUGUGCACAGAUAGCAGUUGGUUCCUGGAUCAGCAGCUGUAUCUAUUCAAUGUGCCACACUGCUAAUAUCUUCCUAUUAUCUUUCUGUGGGUCCAAUGUUGUUGAUCAGUUCUUCUGCGAUAUCCCACAGCUACUGAAACUCUCUUGUGCUGAUACAAGUGCUAACGAAAUUGUGGUUAUUGUAUUAAGUGCUUUGGGGUUCAUAUUCCUAAAUGAACAGGAGGACUCCAGUUAA